AUGUCUGCUGUCAACACAGAAAGUGGUAUCCAUAACUUUGCUAGGUCGAGGAAGCUCUCUCAACAACACCUAGAGGCUUCACAAAACUUCUCCGAACAACGAUAUCCUUCUCCAAUUACUCCUGUUUUCAAUACUCCUAAUCUUCCUUUGCAUCAGUCGACAUCAAGUAAUUUUCCAUGGCAGCAACCUUAUAAUUCGGACAUUUCUCCUUCACAAAAUGACUCUCGUUUUUCAAGCACUUCAAAGUACUCGUUUCCUGCCACACACAGGCAUACCACAGACACACACGGCGCAUAUAUGCGUGAUACAGACCAAUUCAUGCAAAGAAUUGAAAUAUUAGAGAAGGAAAACUUAGAAUUACGAACAGAAUGCACCACCCUAAAGAAUGCAUUUCAGAUGCUUGCUAAUUGUGUGGGACUACGAAAUGCCGAUGCCAACAAUUUUACUCCGCCUCCUCAUGCUGAUGGAAAAACUCCACAUAUUGACCAGUCCCUGCCUUUGCGACCUCCUCUGUUGAGCUCUGACGAUUACGACACCAAGUUUUGGGACAUUGAAGACUGGAAAAUAUGGUGCAACAGCACUGAAGGAUGUGGCUCAAUCAAGUUGCGUGGCUCAGUCCCUUUCUUAGAAGAUGAAGAUGGAAAUCCUCUCGUGUCGACAGCUAUUGAUUCUAUCCGUCGCACAAUGUGUCGACUCUUCGAGAUGUUGGCAUCCAAGAAUAUUGCACCACCAUCCUGGGGACGCUUAUCUGAACAAGCUUACCUUCUUUUUCAUAUUGCUAUCGGUACAGCACACCCAGAACUCAGAUUCUGCUCGAACGACUGGAAAGCAAAUGAACUGGCAAAGAACGUGUAUUCAGCUUGGCGAACGGCACGCAGGCAAGCAAAAGCGAGGGCUAAGGGCGUCAAAUCUGAGGAACUCGAUCAAGAUGAUCUAGGCUCUUAUUCUGGCGAUGACGAAGAUGGAGACGAUCUUGAGAACCGGAAGCGGAGCGCCAUGCCAGAAGAUCUCACACAUACCAUGAAGAGACACAAGACAUACGAGUCUCCACUCUUGUCCAGUAGCACUACUACCCCUUCAUCAGAACCUGAAGAACUUACCUCAACCAAUCUCACACCAUCAGCAGCGCAAUGCGAUAAACCCACUGCCAUUGAGACUUGGACAGUACCUCAAAUCAAACUGAAAAAUCCACUUGAUGGUCUUACUCUUCCCCAGAAGUCUCCGCUGGUGCUGCCAUCAUCAUCCGAGUCUACAACUCCAGUUCUCAAAUCUGCUGCUGCCAUCUCCCAACCCAAUGCCCUCAUCGAUGGAUUUGCUGGCAAGUCUCCUGAGGCUCUGGUCAAGACUGUCAUGGUCACACCCCCCCUUGUUGAUACACCCAUACCAAACGGCCAGCCCACCACUUCGGUCUCCAGUGUUCCCAUUCACAGUGUCACCGAGCCCACCAAAGUGCCGAAGAAAGCCAGCAAGGCGCGUCCCAGCAGUAAGAAGAACGGGAGGGACCUUUGCAUCCUUCAUUGGCUCAAGCAAGUCAAGAAAGACGGGACUACAGCAGAGUUUCGUAUCUACUGGGACGCACUCGAUACCCAACAGUGCAAUUCUUACGAGUCUGAAGCGGUUCAAUUGGUUUCCUCGAACGUCUGGGUCAAGAAUACAGUCGGCGCAGUCGUCGACGGUACUUUGCAUUGAGCGCGCACAUUGCAUGCCUGCGCUGUUCGGACUACCUUCAUUCCAUUGUUUUUGUGCUCUGUUUCAACUGCAUAUCAUUCCAUGGAUUGUAUCCGUAUUUUGUACUACUAGUAGCUACAGCUUGAAGCAAU